GCUGAUCAUCGCCUUCUCUUCUUCUUCUCGCUCGCUCGCUUGCUUUCUCUUCUUCUCUUUCCUUUUUUGUUUUAACUCGAAGGAAAAUAGGGUUAGGGUUAGGGUUAGGGAUCAGAAUUGCUUGCUCGCCGGCGUUGCUCUUUACGAGAUUCGAAUGAAGGGGAUGAAGGUGGACCCCUUGGAUCGCAAUAGCGACAUCCAACUGCAGCAGCAGCAGCAAGCAAUCAUGGAUCUCUCAAACUCUAGCAGCGGAGAUAGCGGCAACAACUUUGAGUUCGCCUUCAACUGCAGCAAUUUCUCCGAUCGCGUGCUGCGGAUCGAGAUCGUGCUCGAUGCGGCCGAGAGCAAGUCCAUCGGCGAGGGAUGCAGUAGCAUCGCCGAUUGGGCUCGACAUCGAAAGUGGAGGAAGGAGGAUAUCAAGAAGGACAAAGUGCAACAUCGUGUUUUCAAAGUACUGAUCAAGAUCUCAGAGUCCAAGAGGAGGUCAUCAUUGUAAGUCUAUUAGCAAAUUCAUAUUCUCUAAAACCAUCGUGUUGAAUUAAGUUGUUAUAAUGUCCAUAAAUACUGAUUAUGACUCUUUUUUCUUUGUCCAUCUGAGUUAAGUUGAAUUAAGUUGUUAUAAUGUCCACAAAUACCUAUCUGUGUUAAGUUGUUAUAAUGUCCAUAAGUAUGUUUAAGAUAAAUUUAUCGUGACAAAACAAAAAAAUAAGAUGAGAGAAAAUUGCGCACAAAAAUAAUCUGUAAGGAUGUCGUGCUUAGCACGGGAUGAAUACUAGUAAGAUAUAGAUACAAGUUGUGAAAGGAAACAUUUGUGAAUAAAAAUGAAAAUGAUGAUUGAAGAAAUACAACUGAUAGGCUAUGUUAGAAACUACAGCUUUAUGAUUUGUUAUAACAAAAUACACCAGUGAUAAACGGUUGACGUAGCUAAAAGAUGUGCCC